AUGGGACAGGAGUCCGAUCCAUUUGAAACAAGUGGCGACGUAGAAGAUGAUGAAUAUUUUCCCAAUGAAGAUGACUUCAGUGAAGCAUCAGAUAUAGAACAGGAAAUCGAGUUAGAGGCUGUUCUGGAUGAAAACCAUGAUGAUAUUGAGGAUUUGUAUAGAGAAGCCUUCGCCCUUCAGGCUUCAACCACAAUGGAAUCAUGCAGCACAUUUAUUACCCAGGGUCUUAUAUACAGGUCAAAAGAUGGUAAGAUAUGGAAUUUAAAUCCUCCACCACCUGGAAGGCCUCCUUGUCACAAUGUUACACCUUUUACUCGUAAAGGGCCACUACGAGGAGCGUCACCGAGUCAUAAAGCUCUUUUCAAGCUAUUGCUGUCUCCU